AUGACGAUCCCAACACCACUCAGUGAGCCUCCUUGGCUAGACGGGCAUCCGUCGCCCUACUACAACGAGUCGCAUCGGAGAUGGCAGCAAUACUGCCGCGAGUUCAUCUCAAAGGAGUUUACCCAGUAUGCCAUGGAAUGGGAAGAGCAAGGAGAGGUGCCCGCAGAAGUGUAUAAGACAUUUUGCCGAAACAACAUGCUAAUACCUAACCUGCCUGCACCCUUGCCAUUGGAGUGGCUAAGGUCCAUUGGUGUUGAGAAGAUUGGCCCGAUCACCAUCGAGGAAUUCGACUACAUUCACUUCUCAAUUUAUGCUUCGGAAAUGCAACGCACUGGCCUCAAUGGACCCGGAUCAAGCUUGACUGCAGGUUUCUGCUUUGGCAUUCCGCCUAUCCUCAAGUUUGCAGACCGACAGCUCCAGCAGCGCGUCCUUCCAGACUUGUUGAAGGGCAAUACCCGAAUCUGCAUUGCAAUUACCGAGCCAGAUGCUGGCAGUGACGUAGCUAAUGUCCAAACGACGGCCGAGAAGUCAUCGGACGGAAAGUUUUACAUCGUCAACGGAACGAAGAAAUGGGUCACGAAUGGUCUGUGGUCUGACUGGGCAUCCAUGUGCGUACGAACUGGUGGUAAGGGUCCAGGAGGCUUGUCAGUCCUGCUAGUACCGUUAAAAGGCCACAAAGGGGUAAGCAUGAGGAAGAUGGAUUGCUCGGGACACCAUUCGUCAGGGACGACAUUCAUCGAGCUAGAUGAUGUUGAAGUUCCUGUACAGAAUCUCAUUGGCAAAGAAGGCGAAGGGAUGAAAUACAUUAUGACGAACUUCAAUCACGAACGAUUAGACAUCUGCGUAAGUGUCACGACACAGGCUCGAAUGGUUCUCGCCGCCGGGUUUGAAUACGCAAUGAAACGGCAUGCCUUUGGGCAGCCUUUGAUCGAGCAGCCUGUGGUUAGACAUCGUCUAGCGAAAGCGAUUGGCGAGCUUGAAACACAGUGGGCAUGGGUAGAGAGUUUUAUCUAUCAAAUGGUGCACAUGAAGAAGGACGUUGCAGAUACGAAGCUCGGUGGUCUCACAGCUCUAGCCAAGGCAAAAUCAGCGAUGGUGCUAAACGAGUGUGCUCAAUGUGCACAACUCCUUUUCGGUGGAAACGGCUACACGAAAGGCGGGCAGGGCUCACUAGUGGAGAAAGCAGCUCGAGAGGUUGCUGGAGCAAGAAUACCAGGUGGAAGUGAGGAUGUCAUGCUCGACUUGGCUGUUCGACAGUUGUAUAAGAACUAUCAACGGGCGUUGAAGGCUCAACAGAACAGCGCCAGGCUGUAA